AUGCAGCAACAGCCACAGUCCGGCGAACAGUCCGGGGCGCCGAACGGGGUUGCAGGUGGUGGGCAAUUGCCGCAAACAGGUGGCAUAGGCUCGUCCCAACCUGGAGCGACAGGUACCGCCACGGCGGGGUCUAAUCGCGCCCAGGUGAACGGCGGAAGAUUCGAUUUCGACGAUGGCGGCACCUACUGCGGCGGUUGGGAGGAUGGAAAGGCUCACGGGCACGGGGUCUGCACCGGGCCGAAGGGCCAAGGCGCGUACUCGGGGAGCUGGCACUACGGGUUCGAGGUCUCCGGCGUCUACACCUGGCCUAGCGGAUCGGUUUACGAAGGCCAGUGGCAGAAUGGGAAGCGGCACGGACUGGGCAUGGAGACCCGUGGCCGCUGGAUAUACAGGGGCGAGUGGUCGCAAGGAUUCAAGGGUCGAUACGGUGUCAGGCAAUCGACCACGUCCACGGCGAGGUACGAGGGAACGUGGUCGAGCGGUCUUCAGGAUGGAUACGGUUCAGAGACCUACGCCGACAGUGGCACGUAUCAAGGGCAGUGGUACCACGGGAUGAGGCACGGGUACGGAGUGAGGGCGAGCGCCCCUUUCGGUUUGGCGAGCCAUUACAAACCCUCGAAGCAAGUGAGGGCUUCCUUGACGUCCCUGAGGAGCGCGGACGAUGGUGGGGCGGUGGCACCGACGCCGGAACCGACCGACAGAAGGGAUCGCCGCGUCGGCGACAGCAGGGGUGGCUUCGUGCUCAAAGCAAGGAGCGACAACCCGCCGGCGAGGAGGAAGAGCCUCACGGAGAAAUCGUUGAAGAAGGGUAUCCUCUCGGGGUUGAAGAUACGAAAGCAGAGGAGCACCGGCGAUUUGGAGAAGCACGGAACCGGGGGCAGCAUCAGGAGCAAUGCAAGCUCGGCUUCGUGGAUGUCCACGGAGAGCUCGCAGAGCCAGGCCUCGGCCUCCGUUCACACCGACAGCAACGCGUCCUUCGUCAUCGAGGACGAGCAAAUGGACGCCUCGGUGACAGAGACGUAUCUGGGCGAGUGGAAGAACGACAAGAGGACGGGUUUCGGUAUAUCGGAGCGGAGCGACGGGCUUCGAUACGAGGGCGAGUGGUUCAACAACCGGAAGUACGGUUACGGGGUGACGACGUUCCGCGACGGGAGCAAGGAGGAGGGCAAGUACAAGAACAACGUGUUGAUCACCAGCCAGAAGAAGAAGCAUCUGUUCCUUAUCAGAUCGGCCAAGUUCCGCGAGAGGAUAGAGGCAGCGGUGAGCGCGGCCCAAAGGGCGAGCAAGAUAGCUCUUCAGAAGGCGGACAUCGCGAUAUCGAGAACGGCGACGGCGCGAGGGAGGGCCGAGUUGGCCGACACGGCGGCCGAGCAGGCGAGAGAGGAUUCGGAGCUGGCCCAACAGACGGCGAAACAGUUCGCGCCCGAUUUCAGGCAGCCUGGGCUCGAGAGGCUGAGAAACAGGGAGAUACCCAAGUACGUGCCUCCGCCUCAGGACACGGUGCCCGGGAAGAGCAUUCUUCACAAGGGGGGCGGGGUGGAUCAGCAGCAGGGGUCCACGCCCGUCAAGAGUCCGACCUCGUCGCAGGAGGGGGCGCCGUCGGCCACGACCACGGCCAGCAGCGUGAUGCAGUCGAUCAGGAGGGCGAGCAUGAAGCCGCAGGGACAGCAAUUGCUGCCCAAUCAAUCGUUGCCGGCCCAGAAUCAGAUUGGGCAGAAUCAGUUGCCGCAGAACCAGUUGUCGCAGAGCGAGCUCGCGAACCAGGUGACCCCCGCUCAACUGGUCAACCAGCUGCCUCUCAAUCAGUUGAGCCAGAGCGUUUAUCAGUACCCCGGUCCCCAGUCGAUGGUUCAGAGCCCUGUCCAGCAGGCCUAUCCCAACAGUAUACCGAAUCAGUAUCAGCUGCCGAUGAACCAGUUCCAAGGGGGCGGCCAAUACGGGGGCCCCACGCAGAAUCAGUAUCAAGGUAGCCCUUACACCAACCAACCUCAAUACCAACCCGCGAAUCCGCUUCAGGGCGAUCAGUAUUUGUACCAACAACAACAGCAACAAUCGAUCGGGCAACAAGGCUCGUAUCAGAGCGUGCAACAAGCUUACCCUAAUCAGCAGCAGACGUUGCCGAAUCAAUACGGGCAACAAAGCCAGACGAAUCAAUACAACUCCCAGCAAGUUUACGGGCAACAGCAGCAAUUAGCGGGGCAACCGCAAACCCAAAUUCCGCAACAGUACCAACAGGCCGACGGCGAGGCGCCGCGGCCCCCGAGUUCCACCAGUAUACGAAGGAACAGCAGGGUCCUGACGGCGCAGGAUCGACCCAACACGAUCGGGCAAACGUUAAACGACAGGCUGGACCAUUACAAGAGGCCGCCCAGCCGUGACAGUUCCGUGGACCGUUACGCCAGAGCCCAUUCCCGAUUGACUGGAUCGAGACAGCCGUCCGUCGAUAAAACAGUCACGAAUCCGGACACGCUCGACAGAUCACAGAAACAAUUGACAAGCGAACAACACAGCCAAGCUUCGACUAAUACGAAGAGAAAUGUUAAUCAAAGAAGAUUUAACGCUUGGAUCUACGAAUCUAGAUCGACGAGAGCGCCAAGCGCGAUCCGAUCGAGCACACCGCUCAACGGAUCCGUGGUGGGUAGCGGUGCAACGACGCCGACAUACGCCGCCUCGAGUUCCGCCCAAUUCGAGGGGGCCUUGCUGAGGAACCGCAGCCUUGGACAGGAUAUUCUGCCGAGUCCUGGCCAGCCUAAGCGUACGGAGAGCCUCUACGUCACGCCCGGACGCGGUUCGACCGCAUCCGGUGGCGGAGGCGGCGGAGGCGGCUUGUCGAAGGACGCAGGCCGGACGGUCCCCGCCUUCGCCGCAACGUCAAAGGGCCGCGCAACCCUAUGAGUAUAAGUAUUAUAAUAAAUAUGUACACGCAAGCACACAUACACACAUACAUAUAUAUAUAUAUAUACACACGCACUGCGAUUCGACCGAACGACGCGUUUCGAACGACGAAUUGACUGGAUGAAACAAGUUACUGUUAAAGUGGGGUUGCGGUUCGUGACUAGACCCUGGAUUCUUUGCCUCGUAUCAAGAACAAAUGCUGAGACAGGAAACGCAACCGGUCGUUUAGCUCGACGAGGCUAAUUUAUUUUCUAGGGAGUUAAGAUGAAGAUCUUAUGGAUCGAUAAUGUGUGUGUGUGUGUGUGUGUGUGUUAAUAGAAGUCAAUGUCGAAAGAUGUGCAACUUGUGGCCUAACCGUUCAAAUUCGAAUAGAACAUGGCGUCUCUACUUGCGCGCAAAUGGACGAAACCGUGGUUAACACGGGGAUAACGUUCGAUUAUUCAAGAAUCUGGGGUCUAUUCGCGACGAAGGCCGCGCGGAAAUAUCGUUUAUCGAAUUAUCGGUAAAGGUGCGCGGGAUCGUUUCCUCCUCGAGGAAAAUUCGGUUGGAUUCACCACACUUUCGAGUUUUUCGAAUUCGAGGCGCAAAAGGCGAACCGAGAACUGUUCGUUUUCCCAAAGUUGAAACGAUCUUGCGCACACACACACACACACACAUAUAUAUAACAUUCCAAUAGUGCGUGUCUUGCCCAGUUAACCCUUUGCCCAGCCAACAACAAACAACUCGAGACAAAUUUUCCUAUUCCUUGGAUUUCGACUCAAAAUGACUUCAAAUGCGAAACUGUUGUAUUUUAUUAAUAUUUUUUUUUACGUAUCGACUCGAUUCUUGUAAACGUCGUAAAAGAAAUCGAGAUACUCCAAAGAAAUCGAAUCCGAAUGGUGUCGAGUGCAAAGGAUUAACGAACACGCGCUUUCAUAGGGAAUUUUCGUUCGAUACGUUUCCUUCCCUAUCGACCGAGUCGGUGCGCGUAUAUUACAUAGGGUCACGGUUCAGGGGACGGGUAUAUUCAUCGGUUUACACGAGCAUUCUGGGCGACGUGUUAACGGAGACCGGAACCGUUGUUUGGUAUGCGUGGAGAAAGAAAAUAUUUUCAGAUUCGACCAUUUAAUCUCGAUGGAGGCGUGUGCGCGCGCCAGACAGGGGCAUUAGGGUAAGGUUAUAAUAGCGGGAACGACGUCGAAUAUCGUUUGGAAUGGAAAGAGGUUAGGGGAAAGGGGACAAGUAUCCUUACGCAAUCGCGAAAUACACGCGCUCUCGACGAGAGAGAGAGAGACACAGAGUCGAGAGGAGAACGCGAAAACGUGAUGAUCCAGUAUCGAUCGUUGUCCCGUCGAAUAUGUUGAAAAUGUUGUACGGAGAAUAAAGAGAGGUGUCAUGGCCAUGCGCGUAAAAAGUUUCUUGGUGCAAAUUGAAAGGUGUUUGCCUCGGGAAGCAGUUCUGUUUACCCGACUUCUCCAUCGUGGAAAGAUAAAGAUCGUUCUUCGUUAGCCUUACCCUAACAGCGCCGGCGGUCGGGUCGCCUCGAAAUUCUCGACACGUGAAUAAGAGAAGAACUCGUACCUGGUUGUAGAUUGUUACUAGCUACUAUAGUGGAUAAUUCGCGUUGAUCGAUAUUAGCCGCUUGGGACCCUUUCGGCCUCCAAAACUCUCUCCAUCUCUUCUCGUUCAUCUUCUUGGUAAUUUCUUUUUCUUUCUCGCUGGUGAUAUCGAUUUAAAAUUCGAUUGAAAAUUCUUCGAGCGAAGAAUUUCGUAUUCGAGGUUUCCUUCUUCUAGAUAACAAGAUGGCGUUAUCGAGGCUGAAAGGAUUCGAAUAGAUUCGAACGAAGCGAGCAAGAGCGUUCUUUCCGCCAUUUCGUCAGAGAGACAGAAUUAUUUUUCUAUGAGAAGCACAAUAGAAAUAUAGUGGAAAUGGAUGGAACGAAUAUUUAACGAGAGAUUUUCACGAUCUCUGUGCUCAAUUUUGCCGGUGUUGCGAAUUCCUUCGAACGGAUAAUUUUCCGUCGAAAGGCGAAAGAAAAAAAUAAAUAAAUAAAUGUAAAAUUCUUCGCGAAUCGAGAUGUUUUCGUAGAUUCUUCGUGGAUAAAAAGGAAAACAAUGAACAAUGAGCGUGAAAAUACAGAUAUUUAUGUCUGUAUUUUAAAAUUUCCAAAAGAAUGAAACGGGAAAAAGAAAUAUUCGCUUUUAAAUUCCAUUACGCGCUUUUCAUAUUUCGUAAGCGAGAGCCAAACUUGUUGAAUGACCGAUAACGCUCGUACAACGCUUUGUAACCAUUUAAUUUUCGUUCUCUCUUCUUUUUCUUUUUCUUUUUUUUUUUCUCUCUCUCUUUUCGUUCCUCCUUUUUCUUUUCUCAUUUUCAUCGAUCCAACCAGCAAAUAAUUUUUCCACGAAACGAUCGAUCGACGAGAAACGAGCACGCAUCUCUAUAUACACAUACAUACACGCGCACAGAAAUGAUUUCAACUCGUUUCGAACACGGUGUUACGUCCAUUAAAUAAGCGAAGUAACGAUGUAUACUAUACGAUGUUACGUCCAUUAAUUAAGCAAUUCAAGGAAUCAGAAAGGUAAGGUUCGCGCGGUGUGGAGGCGGGGACCGUUUUUUUUGCAAUUUUUUCACUCUAACUACCACUAUUUGUCUCUCUUUUUUUCUUUUCCUUCUCUCUUUUUUUUUUUUUUUCUCUAACCUAAGCUUUUUCGAACCUCUUUCUCUCUCCUUUGUCUUAACAACGAAUACCCUACAAUACUAUCAUAAAAUUAAUACAUUCUUUCAUAUUCCUUGCCGCGUGUUAAUUGUGCCGUCUCUCGAAUGCGUACCCCCCCCUUCACCGACGAAGUCACGUUCCCCAUGUCCCACGUUUAUUUGAUAACUUGGAUGACUUUAUAUAUAUAUAUAUACACACACACACACAUGUAUACAUAGAAAAAUCUUCUCUACCCUCCACCUCCACGCCGCUUGUUUUCUCCUGUUUUUUGAUUCAGAUACAUUAUUUUUCUAACGCAUGCUUCUCUAUGACGUAGCGUCACUCUCUGUAAAAUUUAUGAUAUAUUUAUAUAUAUACAUAUACGUAUAUACAUAUGUAUACGUAUACAUAUAUAAAAUUUGUAGAUAUAAGAAAAAUUACGUAGGCGUAAGGUGAUUAAUAUUUAGUUGUAAUAAUCGUGACGAUAAUAUACUUGGAUAAUGAACGAACACGGCGAUGAUAACCCUUUCGAGAGAUUUGCAAGCUCAACAACGAAAGGAGGAGAAAUAUUUUAUCGAGAAUUAUGGGAGAUAAUUCUUUUCCCGUUCGUGAGACUCGAGUGACGAAAGAAAGAAGAUUUUUAUAUCCGUUUCUCGGAUAUCGAUCGUGGACAGGUUUAUUUUUUCCCAUACUUCUCGAGGGGGUUGAUCUUUGUUAACGGGAAAGCACAAAUGUCGGUUACCAAAUGUGCAUUACGAAAUACUAGUGAAUUUAAUUCUCGACGUACCUUUGAAACGAAUUAGAACGGGGCAAGGGAUUAUUAUUAUUAUUAUUAAUUUUGUGCAUUAGGUACGACCCCCUAAACACACACCGACGUUUAACGAACACGUUUUACGUAACGCACGCGUAAUAAAUACAUAUGUAUAUAUAUACACGCAUAUAUAAUUCGGGAUUCUCUAUUUUGAUCACUGAUUUUUCACAAGUACAAUUACGAACGCUUUCGAUGCGCCACGUUGAAUUUAUUCGAAUCACGAGGACAAAGUAUAUAAAUUUCUCGAUCAUUUCGACGAGACACACGUACAAUAUGCAAUAUCGCCUAAUUGUUGAAAAACACGUUGCUCAAAUACGUACUUGCAUAUACAGUACACGUACACGCAAACGCAUGCACUCGUGGUAAUUAAGAAUUUUUACGAAAAAUUUUUAACCCUUUCUACGAACGAACGAGAGAUGAAGAACGAAGAAAAAAAAAAUAUCUCGAGUCAAGAAUUAUUUCGAAAGGUAUUUUUUUCCUCUGAGAAGAGGAAUUUUUCGGAUUCAACGUGGUUGCAAUUGUACCUCAACAAUGGUCGUGCCUAAAGAAACGAAACGAACGCGGAAGAAAAAAAAAGGAAAGGAAUGAAGUAAUAGAAAGAGGAGGGGGGAGGGAGGGAAAGAAAAGAAAAGGAUGAUCACGAUGAUAUCGAUCGAAUGAAAUCUGGAAUCCUUGCGCAGAAACUAAUUUAGACGAGGCUCAGCUGGAAUUGAAUCUCUCCGAGUUCCUUGGAUUUUCAAACUAAACUAUUUUUUAUGCGAAAUAUCGACUUACACAAUUAACGUCGGGUUUGUUGUUCAAGUGCCAAGCUUUCCGAAAGUGUCUUCUCAAGAGAAUCUUGGAUGCGACGCGGUCCACGGUCAGGUUAUAUAGCGCAAGAAAAAAAAAAAAAAAGAAAAUACGAAAAUCCGAUUAUUUUUCUCGAUAUCGAGCCUACUGGAAUUCUGCGCGACAAGUUAGAAGAGACGUUAGAUUAUUUUUUAUUUCGUUGCGAUUAUAUUUUGAAUUUAUGCUUAAAAGCGCGAGCAAAAAAAGAAAAAAGAGAAAAAAAGAAGGAAAGAGGAAAACGGAUAAGAUAUAUUUCAAGGGAAUUGCUCAAAUUUUGUUUAUGCUCGUAAAAAAAUGGUAGAGAUUUGUAUAGACGUUGAACGAUGCGUAUAACGAGAAUUCACGUAUUUUAAUAUAAAGACGAUUCGUAGUGUUGUAUAUAGAGAAAAGAAGCAGCGUAGUAGUCGAGUCCUUAGAGGAAAACAGAUCGAUAAGCGAGAAUAGCCGAUGAACAUACACACGAGCAACGAUGUACUUCCAGGUUGCAUUUCGAGGAAACGGUUUUACCCGUUCAUGAGCAUAUACAUGAGGGAGAAACCUUGUUAAUUUAACACAACGAUAUUACAAACGUUGGUUCGAUGUAUUGAAUGUAUUUAUGUAAUAUGAUGUAAAAGCUGUUAUUGGCCGACAGAUUAAAAGCAUGUCGAUUAGGAGAGAACGAUUUCACUUAUCUCGAAUUUUCAAACAAAACUCCUUUCAGACGAGCCCUACUCCAACAAAUUACAAUUAUUACUCCAAUUACUUUUUAUUUGUUUAAUUACUCUUUUUUUCUUUUGGAUCAACCCGAUUAAUUCCUCUCCUCGAACUUAGAGUUUCUUACCUUGUAUCCUUUAAUUUUUAAGAAGGCCUUUUUUUAAUUUAUUUUUCCUACAAAAAAUGUUUCAAGCAGGAUUAAAAAAAAACUUUUUCGAAACACGAGGACGGUAUAUAAAUAUUAAUAAGCAAGAAAAGCGCAACUCGCGAUCUCGAAGUAGUCCUUUCCACCGCAAGAGAGAGUGAAUGAGUGAAAUUCCGUUCAGGAAUUGGGCAAGGAAGAAAAAAUUUUCAUCGCGAUACUUUGCCGCACAACGAAAUACCCUGGUUUAAUCGGGGCUCAGGCUCGUGCCAAGAAACGCAUACGUCGAAUACGUGCAAUGGCGAUGCUUCACAAUACGUAUUGGCGUGAAAACAACGGGCGAUAUUUUCGUAGACCAGACUUUCGCAGCCCGACCGCAGCGAUUAAUCUAAAAAUCGGGGAUUAUCUGCGAAGGAAAAAAGAGAAAUUGCGUUGCGAAAUUUCGAGAAACGAGGGGGAGGAGGGUAGAUUCGGAGAAAAUAAUUUUCUCAAUCAUCGACACCCGUGCUCGGUUAAUUAAAUCGAGAAUCGAAUAAGCGGAUACCGAAAUAACUCUCGAGAACUCGCUGAAAUAUUUAUAAAGUACUCGCGAUGCGUAGUUUCGAUACAAGAAAUUUGCAGCGCAACGAAACGAAACGAUGCUUCCCCCUGCUCGAUCGCAUCGAUUAAAUCGACGGACCGUCAUCAGCCUCGAUCGAUUAAUCGUUAAUUACAUUUACGGGCCCAGUUACUGGGGGCGCGAAUAUUUCGGGCGCAAUCUGAACCCGUGUUUUGUUAUUCAAAAAGUGUGGAGGGCGAAGGGAAAAUUCCUUUUCUCGGAUGAAAAUCUUGUUUCGAAGAACGGCGUGUCAACGAAACUAAUUAUUCAUCUCGGGGAGUAAGAAAAUUGGAAGAGAUUGAAAGAAGAAAGCUGCAAGGUUUUUCUUCGAAGAAGACAUCUCGCGCAAUAAGGAAGGAGGGAGAUAAAACGGGGCGAGACCCAUUUUGGCGUGGAAAGAAGCGCAGGAUUCACGAAAGCCUCGACGAAAUAUCAUUCGGAUGCCAGCUACGUGAAUCAGACAACGCGAAUUGCGUUCAGUUCCAUUUUAUUUGCGUAACGAUAUUUCCGCUCUUCUUCGUCCCGACCGCGAAGGACGGCUCAGAAUUUUCCUCCUUCCCCUCCCGUUCGAAUUUCAUCGAUCGAGAAUACCUCCUCCCCCGAUCGAUCGAAGGAAAAUCGACCGAAUCACGAGCCGGAUGGAAAGAAAUUAGCCGAAAGUGGAAUCCUCGGAGCGAGAAUAAACGGCUCGUUACCCUCGCGAAUCCAAGUUCAAUGGUGGAACGAAAGCAAGCAACACAGCUGUUUUUCGGUGUCCCUCCGUCCUCGCCGCCUCGUCGGAUCAACAUCCGGCCGAGUGAACGGGGGCUCCUCACUAAAAAUACCGAUCAAUAACUAAUCCGGCCGAUAGGAUGGGGAAGAGAGUGGAAAAAGUGGAGACGGAUCCGGAUUGACUCCGAAAUAAAAGCGAGCGGGAGCCGACGACAGGGUGUCAUAAAUCAAGCCGCGGCGGUUCGACAAGGUUCUGGCAUACGCGGCCGAUUAGCUCGCCGUGAGCGUCGCGACGCGGUGCUCGGCCGUAUGCUAUUUCAACGUGAAAAAUAGUGGGGCGUCUCUCUAUUUCGGUCGGCCGAGCCAGGGCCGUUUAGUCUACGGCCUGGCUUCCACGCCAGGAGGCCGCGGUGGUCCGAAUUUUUCCAUUUUCAUCUGCGAAAUAUCCGCGGGAGAGAGAGGAGGGUGGGUCGUCGCGAGGACGGGUUUUGGGAUUAACAGUGGAGGGAGCGUAGGCGGGAAGGGAGAGGGUCGGGGAGAAAUCCUCGGCGGAAGUCUUUUUGGAGAAGUUUGGAAAGGGGUGGCUUGGAUCUCGGGGGGAGAAGAUGUUCUGGUCGGAGACCACGGACGAGGAGGAGGAGGCGCUGUUGUGCAGCCCGGCUCUCAUGGCGAGGAGAGCCUCGGAGUCGUGGAUCGUCGCGCCUCCCGUCGAGGUAUGAACCCGUGAAACGCUUUCAAAAUUCCGCUUCGAUCGCCUUCAAAUUCAUCGAGGAAAUGCCGUUUCCUUGGCUGGAACCUGUUUUUUGUAAAUCGGGUUCAGGCUUCGAUUCGGAUCGAAAUUCUAUUUAGGUGCCCUUGAAAUUCCGCAAGUAUGUUAAAAUUCGAGACCCUUUUCCCUCCAAUUUAUAUAUUUAUUUUCCUGUUUGUAAAUCAAAUGAUUUGGGGUUGAAUUUACAUUUCGGUCUAUAUGUAAUUUUUUGAGAAAUAUAUUCUUAACGAAAAAAUAUUCGCAUGUACCAUGACAAUAAUACAAGGGAUUUUAUUUCGUCACGCAUAUCUUUUAAUCUCCUCUAAAACGCGAGAAAAUUGAAGAAGAAGAAGAGGAAGAAGAAAUUGGAGGAUUGUUUUCGUUGUAUCCAGCAGCGAAUCGUAAAUAGAUGGAGAAAGAGGGGAAAAAACGAUUAUCGACGAAGAUUGCAAAUCGUUCGAUAUCGAGCGCGGAGAAGAGCGAAAGAAGAGAGAAAGGGGAAUCGCGAGAAUAUGUAUCGUCGGGGAUAAAAGGAGAGUGCUUUUCUCCUCUAUAUCGUGCGACGUUAUCGGUGCACUUUACCGUAUUGUUCGAGCGGAAUUUCGAUGAACCGUGACCGAAGAUACGAAGCAAGAACGAAUUAUUGCGAUUGUGAUUAAUUAAAUCGGUGUCGAAGAACGUUAUCGUAGCCCGCGAAUGUCGGUCUAAUUUUAAACUCGUGGAAAAUUUAACUUUCGAUAUUCGACGAUUUUGUAAAUAAAUUUGUUCGACCCGAGGUUUGAAAUCUAAUCAAGAGAACGAAGGAAAGAAAGAAAGAAAGAAAGAA